GCAGUUGUUUAACCCUCUAAAGUUCUAGUAUUUUUAUUUGCACUUUAAAUGGUUUAUUUAGACAGAGCAGUCGCCUUAUUUAGUUAAAAAUGAAUAAAAACUAAAGAAACAAACCUUUACGCUGAUGAAGUUGAGUGUGAGGGGAGUAGUUAACGCCAGCUAAACUUCACCACCCGUUUAGCACAGCUAGUGGAGCUAGCCAGCCUGCCAAACUUACUAAAUAACAUGUUAAACAGCAGUUUAAAGCCUUGACGCGAGAAACAAACUCCAGGUGAGGCAGCGCAGCUCCUCUCACUUCCGUCAGACAGGAACCUCCAGCUUGUUUUAAAGCUAUAACUGAAGAACUUCGGCGCUUAAAACCUCGAUUUAUUUACAUCCCUCUACAUUAGGCUCUCCGGGGAGGAGCAAUGUAUGAAAAUGUGCCAACAGUAUCUGCAACCGAGCGGCAGCAGGUGCUUCAGGCCUUGGAGAGGCUGCAGUCGAAGCUGGUGCAGCGUGAGGAAUGGACUCAUAGUGAGCGUCUGGGAGCGCUGAAGGAAGCACUGCAGAGCCCGCUUCUCGGCCAUAUAUUAACCCUGCAGCACUCUGUCAAACAGCUCCGAGACCAGCUCAACAGUAUGCCCCCAGACGCAUCCAGCGAGUUCAGCUUCUCCAGAAAAGGCCAGCUGAUCGUGAGCGCCAGUCGUCCGGGCAGCAGCGUGGGCUCUGUAGUGUCCAAUGGCACGAACGUGUCCUCCUCAGUGUCCUCGGAGCAGCUCCAGAGAUGGCUCCACGUAGCAGCGAAGGGAAGAAAAAUUGAGAACGUGAGUCUGUUGAGGCCGUUGUCUGGAGGCCUGGGUUUUAGUGUGGUGGGCCUCAGACCUGAUGGAGUUGGCGCUCAUGGAGUCUUCAUCAAACAGGUGCAGCCAGGCGGUGUGGCGGCCAGAGAUGGCAGACUGCAAGAGAACGACCAGAUUUUGGCCAUCAAUGGGAUUCCUCUGGACCAGAGUGUGACCCAGCAGCAGGCUAUUGCUUUCCUUCAGCAGCAGAGGGACCGAGUGGAGCUAGUGGUUGCCAGAGACACUGCAUCAAAACCCAACUUUCCCCCAUCUGGAUCCAUUCAGUCGGAGCAGUGGGGACAUGUGGAGGAGAUCGAGCUGAUAAAUGAUGGUUCAGGGCUGGGUUUUGGUAUUGUGGGAGGAAAGGCUACCGGUGUUGUCGUGCGAACUCUUGUGCCAAACAGCGUUGCUGAUAAGGACGGUCGUCUGAGGACAGGUGACCACAUCCUGCGGAUUGGGGACACGCCCACGCAGGGGUUGACCAGUGAACAGGUGGUGCAGGUGCUGCAGGCCUGUGGGACACGGGUGCGCAUGCUGAUUGCACGGGACCCUCUUGUUGAAGCACAAGCUCCUCCACUACCCCCACCUGCUCCAGCUGCUGCACCAGUUACCUCUCUACCUCCUCCACCCAUACCAGCACGCAGAACCAGCAGAACAGCCAAUCUAGAGGGCUAUGAGAUUCAUGAAGUGAAUUUGAAGAAGAAGGAAGGCCAAAGUCUAGGCAUUUCUAUUGUUGCCAGAAACACUUCAACCAGUGAAGAUGGUAUGGGGAUUUUUGUGAAGAGUGUGGUCCCAGGCAGUGCAGCCGAGCAGAGUGGGAAUAUUAUGGUCAAUGACAGAAUAAUAGCGAUGAAUGGAGUGAACCUCCAGGGCUUUACCACCCAGGAGGUCUUGGAUGUGAUGAAGCAGACAGGCCAGACUGUUCAUCUCACUCUUGUCCGCAAGAUCGCAUCGCCAAAGAAAUCGUCUGUAGAGAAGUCCCUGGAUAAAGUCCAGAGAGAGUCAUCGCGCGUGUCUCUGAGGAGGUCUGCAGAGAUCAAGGUGCGGGCAGACGUUCAGACAGCCCCUGUGAUGGAGCCAAUGGAUCCAGCUCUGACUGGGAUCAAACAGCAGUCUGGAAGAGUCCGAAAGAACGUGCCACUGACUGAGCUGGAGUUGCGGACCAAGUGGGAGCAGGCGCUCGGCCCCCAGUAUGAUGUUAUGGUUGUAGAGCUUGACCCUGUGAUUGAGGAUGAUGCUGAGCUCCAGAAAUAUUCAAAGCUUCUACCAAUACACACCAUGCGCUUGGGUGUGGAGCUGGAUUCGUUUGAUGGGCACCAUUACAUUUCUACAGUUGCUCCUGAGGGCCCUGUGGCCAAUCACGGUUUGCUUCGCCCGGAGGAUGAGCUCCUGGAGGUGAAUGGAGUGCAGUUAUAUGGGAAGUCCAGACGGGAGGCAGUAGCAUUCCUCCGUGAAGUUCCUCCUCCAUUCACUCUGGUUUGCUGCAGACGCCUUAAUGAAGAGGGUCAGGAGUACCAGCCUGAAGAUGCUGAGGAGUGGUCCUCCAGCAGUCCAACAGUCAGCCUGCAGGAACAGGCACAGGUGAUGCAACAGGAGGUUCCAGAGCUGAGAGAAGUUCCAGAGUCAAUCUCUCUGGAGAGAGAGGAGGAGAGGAAGGAACCUGGAGAGAGGGAGGAGGAGGAGGAGGAUGAGGGAGAGCUGGCUCUCUGGUCUCAGGAAGUGCAGGUUCUGGAGCUGGAGAAAGGAGAGCAAGGCCUCGGCUUCAGCAUACUGGAUUACCAGGACCCUCUGGACACUGCACGCUCGGUGAUAGUCAUCCGCUCGCUGGUGCCCGGCGGGGUUGCCGAGAGUCACGGGGGCCUGUUGCCAGGAGACCAGCUGGUGUUUGUAAACGACACCCACCUGGACAGCUGCACUCUGACCCAGGCCGUGGAGGUGCUGAAGGCCGCUCCAGCGGGAAAGGUCUACCUGGGCAUCAAGAAGCCUCUGGGGGCUGAGGAGAGAAGCAGUGUGGAACAUGCAGUAGAUCUACAGGAACACUCCCUCACCCACUCUCAGCUACCUGUGCCCAAGGGCUUUGGGGAUGGCUCAAUCCUUCCAGAAGACCUUGAUGAGUAUCCUGAGCUGAUUCUGGACAACAUGCCGCGCUAUGCCUCGCCUCUAAUCACCACAGAUCUCCUGCCAGGCGAGGAGAGAGAGAUGGCUGUGGACGAUGACCUGGAACAGCAGGAGGAUGAGGAGGAGGUUGAGAAAGAGGAGGAGGAGGAGGAGGACGAGAGGAAGCUCCACAGCUUAGAAAGUGAGAGGGGGAGGUCUUUGCCAUACACAAGGUUUGAGUCUCUGUCCAUGGAAGAGUCACCUGUGUCAAAUCCCUACAGUAUCUUUACUCAGGAGAAUGAGGAUGAUGAGACUCCUGUCCAGGAAGAAGAGAACUUUAGACCAGAACUGGAGUCAAGCACAAGGAUCUCACAGCAUUUAAACAGUGAACCGUUGAGGUCGUGGGUGGAGGCGGCAGAGAACGAGGCAGACCCGGACAACGAGAACGAAAUCUCAGAGCUCACUCUGACCUACACAGACACAGAGUCUGCACUGCGUUCGUCUUCAGGGCGGAGGAAGAGGAGGAGUCAGGGUGCCUCCAUGAAUCCACUGAGAGAUGGACAAAGUGAUCUGCCUGAGAGAGAGGAUGGAGAAGGAGAGGAAACCCCUAUCUUCAGUCACUGGGGACCCCCACGCAGAGUGGAGGUGUGGCUGGACCCUGGGGAGUCUCUGGGGAUCAGUAUUGUCGGGGGGCGGACAGUUAUAAAGCGCCUGAAGAACGGAGAGGAGUUGAAGGGCAUCUUCAUCAAACAGGUGCUGCCAGACAGCCCUGCAGGACGCACACGUGCUCUGAAGACUGGAGACAAGAUCCUACAGGUGUCAGGAGUGGACCUGCAGAACGCCAACCAUGAGGAGGCAGUGCAGGCCAUUAAAACAGCUACCAGCCCGGUGGUGUUCACCGUGCAGAGCCUUUCCUCCACUCCUCGGCCUGUUUCAGUCACAGCCUCCAGUAUACGACAGCACAAGGCCAAGAUGAAAGGCAAGCAGAAAGCGGGACAGAGAAGUGUGCCUCCUCCAAUGCGCCUCCCACCACCAUACAGACCCCCCAGCAUCAUGCAGGAAGAAGAGGAGCAGGAGAAUGAUGAUGCUGAGCAGUCCACAGAGGGGAUCAGGCAGAGGUACGGGGAGCUGCCGGGGGAGCUGAUGCUGGUGGAGCUGGAGAAGGACCGGCAGGGUCUGGGUCUGAGUCUGGCAGGGAACAGAGACCGCUCCUGCAUGAGCAUCUUCGUGGUGGGCAUCACCCCCGGGGGUCCGGCCAGCCGCGACGGACGCAUCAGAGUGGGGGAUGAGUUACUGGAGAUCAACAACCAGGUGCUGUAUGGGAGGAGCCACCAGAACGCUUCAGCCAUAAUAAAGAGCGCUGCGUCCAAGGUCAAGCUGGUGCUGCUCAGGAAUGAAGAUGCUAUCAAUCAAAUGGCAGUCGCACCUGUUGCCUCCCAGUCGUCCUUCCUGUCAUCUAAUGAGAUUCACCAGAGCUUACCAACAACUCCUGCAGAGAAACCCCAGCCUCAAGAGAACCUUCUGCCAAUCAAAAGUUCUUCAGACUCGCUUGACAGGCCCCCUGACUUUCACUCCGUCAAGGAGCCGUCCACCGAGGCAAGCCCAGUUACUGCAGAACCUCUAGAGAACAAAGAGAAGAGCCUGCUGGAGGGCGAGUCUGCCUCGAAGAAGCUGAAGUCUUCAGAGAGAGGGGUGGAGACCCUCCGAGAGAGUGAGAAAGCCUCCAGGCCUGCUUUGGAAAAGACUCCUAGCCUUCCAAAAAGUCUGAGAAACUCUGGCAAGCUUCCUGCUGCCUCCGUGGACGUGCCAGCACCCAUAGUGUCUGCUCCUCCAUCCAGCACCAGCCCGGACUUCGAAUACUGCAGUAAAGACCCUGCUACAUGUCCCAUUGUGCCGGGGCAGGAGACGGUGAUCGAGAUCUCUAAGGGCCGUUCCGGACUGGGGCUCAGUAUAGUCGGAGGCAAAGACACACAGCUGGAUGCCAUAGUGAUUCAUGAGGUGUACGAGGAAGGCGCAGCAGCACGGGACGGGCGACUGUGGGCUGGAGAUCAGAUCCUAGAGGUGAACGGUGUGGACCUGCGUAGUGUGGCUCAUGAAGAUGCCAUUGCAGCUCUGAGACAGACUCCAGCUAAAGUGCGCCUGACCGUUCUGCGGGACGAGGCGCAGUACCGGGAUGAGGAGAACCUGGACGUGUUCACUGUGGAGCUCCAGAAGAAAAGUGGCAGAGGCCUGGGCCUCAGUAUUGUGGGCAAAAGGAACGGUACAGGUGUCUUCAUUUCGGAUGUAGUUAAGGGUGGAGCAGCUGAUGUGGACGGGAGACUCAUGCAGGGAGAUCAGAUUCUGUCUGUUGACGGAGACGACAUGAGGCAGGCCUCGCAGGAGACCGUCGCCGCCGUCCUGAAGUGUGCCAGGGGGAUGGUGCAGCUGGAGCUGGGCCGGCUGAAGGCUGCCUCCUGGAUCUCCUCCAGACGCAACUCGCAGGGAAGCCAGAUGAGCCACGCGAGUAACAUGACCAACAGCAACACUGGACCCCCCUCGGCCCCCGCGGCCCCCCACACAGUCACCCCAUCCAGCCAGCCGCUUAGCACCAGCAGGAGAAAUGCACAUGAGCCCAACAGCAAAAAUUCUGGAGCUGAAACAGGCCUUCGCACAGUGGAGAUCACUCGAGGCCCGACUGAUGCUCUGGGUAUCAGUAUAGCCGGGGGAAAGGGCAGUCCUCUGGGGGACAUCCCAAUCUUCAUCGCCAUGAUCCAGGCUAACGGAGUGGCUGCCAGAACCCACCGCCUCAAGGUGGGGGACCGUAUUGUGAGCAUUAACGCUCAGUCUCUGGAUGGUUUGACCCAUGGCGAGGUGGUCAACAUGCUGAAGAAUGCCUAUGGCAGCAUCAUUCUGCAGGUGAUAGCAGACACUAACAUCAGCGCCAUAGCCAGUCAGGUUGAGAGCAUGUCCUCAAGCUCCGCCCUCAGCACCAAUACAGAGACCCAGACUACAGAGCCAGAAACACCUAAGCCAAAGAGCAUCACUCUGGAGAAGGGCACUGAAGGUCUGGGCUUCAGCAUAGUGGGAGGCUUUGGGAGCCCACAUGGAGACCUCCCCAUCUAUGUCAAAACAGUCUUCAGCAAGGGGGCAGCAGCAGUGGACGGGCGUCUGAAACGAGGAGAUCAGAUCCUGUCUGUGAACGGAGAGAGUCUGGAGGGAGCCACACACGAACAGGCCGUGGCCAUCCUGAAGAAACAGAGAGGAGUCGUUACACUGUCUGUACUGUCCUAACACACACUCACGUACUCACACACUCGUGAGCGGACUACUGGGGAGGUAGCCAACAAACAAACACUGCACAAAUUACUGAACACACCUUCUAUUCCUGACUAGAGUCCUGCUGGAGUCUCGGCUCAGCCUCAACACACUACAGAGACACUACAGAGACACUGCGGAGACACUACACCCAGCAGAGCAUUUUCAUCUUCUUCUUCAGCUGCAGAACCAGCCCACGUUCUACAUCAUACAUUCUACAGUACACACCCUGCUGUAGAGCUGUAGACUGGCACUGAGUGAUGAACAUUCAUUGAUGGACUCUGUGGAGAGAAAGAGAGAGAGAAAGAUGGAGAGAAAGACUGAUGACCACUUUUCUCAGCCUCUACUUCAAGCUUGACCCCUUUAAUAUCAAUAUAUACAGUACUGUGCAAAGGUUUUAGGCACCUAAUUACAUUUAUUUUAUCAUUUUGAUCCCAGCAAUAAGAGGAUGCAAUUCAAUUCCAUCAUAUCUGAUUUACCAUCUUAAAUCCAGGUGUUGAUAUAAUGAUAAUUAUUAAUAAAUCUAGACUCCUGUGAGAAGAGCUUUAGAGAGGUUUUAAUGAACACAGUGAUGUAAUAGCACUACUUCUAUUUUUGUAUGAUUUGUGUUGUUUUCUAAUAUUCUAUAUUCGACCAUAUUUUUCGCACUAUAAGGCGCACCAAAUUAUAAGGCGCACCAUUAAUGAAUGUCUAUUAUCUGGUCUGUUUUCAUACAUAAGGCUCACUAGAUUAUAAGGCUUACUGGGAUUAUGUGACACUAGUAAGGAACAGAGGUGUCACCAUGUUUCCCUUCAAAUUCAGCAGGUCUCGCAACUAAAACUAAAAACUAACCUAAGUAAACAAAACUGUAAUUCUUAAUAGUUAACAAAAACACUAUAUUUUAAAUUCAAACAAGCACUGGAUAUUAAUUUACACAGAUUUCUCUCCUGAAAAAACGUUUAUUUGGGUGAGUAAAGUGCCUUAAUUUAUUUACAGUAAGCUUAGAUUCCCAGAUUUCUCGAGCACUAAGGCUGGAGCAUUAGCAUUAGCCUCGAGCGCUAGUACUUACCAGCUAAUGCCGCCCAACAGCAUUAUUCUAAGGUAACUAGUGGUUUGUCCAUAAAUUAUAAGGCUAUAAUCUAGAUCUAGCACUUAAAGUGGUUAGCGGCUAAUGUCACUGAAACUCCUGUAUAACGUGUAACUUUAGCGGAGUGGCUUUACUGCUUCUUACAAACUGACUGGUAAAGUUCAAUUUUUUGGGAAAAUGAAAGGAAUUUGAGUGCAACUUAUAGUGCAAAAAAUACAGUAAAUACAUUAAUGUGCCAAUCGUGUUCUUGAGCAUUAUGUGGGAAGACAGUUUGGGAAUGUCCUCACUUAUGUAUGUUGGAUGUUCUAAGUUGUGUGGUGUUAUCUUAUGAUCUUGUGAGGUUGAACACUGGCCAGCGAGUUCAUGGCAAGGUGAUAUGAAUUAUCACAUGGAGUUCAAGUAAGGCCUGAUAGUGGUUGUCAGGUGAAUAGGACAUUCUGUUUACGAAGUUUUCCAGAUAUUUAACGUUUCUCCAUCCACAGUAUCAUGUGUCUGUCGCAAAUACGUUAUUAUCAAAGGCUAAUAUAUUACCACCCACUGAAGAUAGAGAAUCGAUACAGUGGGUGGUAAUGAUUGUGACCGGCGACUUCUGGCUAGAAUUGUCCAUGUGACAGAAAUCGCAUCCACAUUCUGUGCAGGAGGCCCCACACACCUAUUCUACAGGUCAGUUUGAGCUUCCAUGUGAAACUAUAGUUUUAUACAUAUAUACAUUGUAUAUAAUUUACAUUACUUCCCUGAACAGGAGCUUUUCAUUCAGAUUUUUACCGUGUCUAAAACAUUUGCACAGUACUGGAUAUAUGUGUGUGUGUAGGUGUGUAAGUGUGUACGUAUGUGUGUGUGUGUGUGUGUGUGUGUGUGUGUGUGUGUGUGUGUGUGUGUGUGUGUGUGUGUGUGUGUGCAAUAGACCCAUUUCUAAUGAAGAAGGGAAAUUGCCUAUGACCCAUGUGCUUGGAUCCUUUUUCAUUAUCUUUGUUUUAUGUGGAUAAUGAGCAGGUAUUGAACCAGGCUGACUCGUCUGUCGGCAGCCGCCGCUGGGGGAGAUGUGGUUGACCUGCAGGAAACUGCUCCAGCUCAGAGAGCCCGUUCGGAUCUAAUCUACACACAUACACACUUGCUACAUUUCUAACCUCCAUUAUGAGCCUUGGCUAGUGAGAGCUGCUUUUUGCUCCAUUAUAAUCAACUCUAAAAUGGCAACUUUAUAGGAGAAGGAGAAAAAAAGACCCUCUUUAUAUUGAAUGGUUAAAGUUAAAGUGAAAAGAAUGAUUUCCAAGUCAUUCUGGAACAGGUUUAGCUGUCAAUUCUUCAAAAACUUCAUAAAAAACAUAAACAAAAAACAUAAAUAUAAUUUAAAAAAAAGACCAACAACUGAAUUUACAUUAUGUCAAAAACUUAAAAUGGCAAAAACAUAUGCAAACACACACACAUUAACACUACAGUCUCAAAAGUACCAGCCAACUGACCCUAGGCUUUCGAAGUCAUUGCUUAUUAAUAAUCAAUAGUUGAUUAAAUUUUACAUCCAUACUUUUGCCUAGAAACACAGGGAUGAGUUGUGAUAAGGGAUGUAUUGUUGAAAUGUUACGUUUAUUAACUGGCCUUUCUUAGAUCGUAAUGGAAAAUCCGUGUCUGUCUUUGACUGAUUUUCAAGCUGCUGUAUUUGUCGAUCACGUUUUGAGCUUGAUGUCUUACGUUUUUAAUUUUUGUACGGUCCGUCUGCAUUGCAAACACUGUAAUUUCUCAUAGUAAAAAAAAAUGCAUUCAUUUAGAAAGAAGCUGUCCUGUGUAAUAUGUGAGUUAUCAAUAGUAUGCAUUUUGAUACAACUCAAAUCCACCACGAAUCAAACAAUGCCUGUACAACAAAGGAAGAAGUCCAGUAUGUUUUAUGUUUAUCUGGUAAAAUUGAUUAAUGUUCCAUGUCCAAUCAUUACUUCUCGCAACACUUUAAACUUUUUUGUUUUUUAGGUGUUACUUUGUCACUUUUACAUUCACCAGCCACUUCAUUAGGUACACCUGUCCAACUGCUCAUUAACACAAAUGUCGAAUCAGCCAAUCACAUGGCAGCACCUCAAUGCAUUUAGGCUUGUAGACAUGGCCAAGACGAUCUUCUGCAGUUCAAACCAAGCAUCAGAAUGGGGAAGAAAGGUGAUUUAAGUGACUUUAAAUGUGACAAAAAGAGAAAAUAUCCAGUGAGCGGAUACAGUUCUGUGGACGCAAAUACCUUGUUGAUGCCAGAGGUCAGAGGAGAAUGAUCAGACUGGUUCCAGCUGAUAGAACGGCAACAGUAACUCAAAUAACCACUCGUUACAAUCGUGGUCUGCAGAAGAGAAGAGCAUCUCUAAACAACAACACGUCAAACCUUGAGGCGGAUGAUUGGCUACAGCAGCAGAAGAUCACACCGGGUGCAGCUCCUGUCAGCUAAGAACAGGAAACUGAGGCUACAAUUCACACAGGCUCACCAAAAUUGGACAAUAGAAGAUUGGAAAAAAUGUUACCUGGUCUGAUGAUUUCUGCUGCGACAUUUGGAUGGUAGGGUCAGAAUUUGGCGUCAACAUGAAAGCAUGGAUCCAUCCUGCCUUGUAUCAACGGUUCAGGCUGAUGUUGGUGGUGCUGAAAUGGUGUGGGCCCAUUAGUACCAACUGAGCAUCGUGUCAAUGCCACAGCCUACCUGAGUAUCUGUAUUGUUGCUGACCAUGUCCAUCCCUUUAUGACCACUGUGUACCUAUAUCUUCUGAUCCUACUUCCAGCAGGAUAAUGCGCCUUGUCAUAAAGUGCAAAUAAUCUCAGACUGGUUUCUUGAACACGACAAUGAGUUCUGUACUGCACUGGAAUGGCCUCCACAGUCACCAGAUCUCAAUCCAAUAGAGCAGCUUUGGGAUGUGGUGGAAUGGGAGAUUCGCAUCAUGCAGCCGCAGCAACUGCGUGAAGCUAUGUCAAUAUGGACCAGACUCUCUGAGGAAUGUUUCCAGUACCUUGUUGAAUCUGUGCCAUAAAGGGUUAAGGCAGUUCGGAAGGCAAAAAGGGGUCCAACCCAGUACUAGCAUGGGUACUUUGCCCUGUUUCUGUCUGGACUGGCUAUAGAAACAUCUGACUGGGAUUCCUGCCAUCUUGUUCUCAGUCAUUUCAUUGUAAGGUUGUCAUGUGACCACUAGAUGAUAUGGGCAGUGUCUCCAUAUUAGGGUUAAUUGUUCAGCGUUUUAAAAAAUUAAGUAUCAUGGUGCAAAGAAGCAGAAAUGUAAGGUUGUUCUCUAUAAAGCAGCAAUACCUAUGUAAUGUGUGCAGCAUGUGGUUUUGCAUUGUCUUGUUGAAAAAUGAUUAGGCUUGUGCUUUUGUUAUUUAACCUAAUUGAAAUCACAUCAUUAGUUAGAUUAUUGUCUAGAGCCCUAAAAUUCAGAAAAAGAUGCAUAUUAACAAAUUAAAUUUCAUACUGUCUGGAAUUAAGUAAAAGUCAAAGUAAAUAUAAAAAAAUCA